AUGGGGACUUAUAUACCAAAUGGUAAGGAUGAAUAUCAUCCUGGAACCACAACUUCAUCUAAUUAUGAUAACACAAACACCACUACCACCACCAAUUCAAUGUCCACAUUUACCACCACAUCUCCUCAACAUCAACAACAUAUUCAAGAAUCAGUAACAACUCCUACAUCUAAAGUGACAAUCAAUCCUCAUACAACUUCUAGUAUUGCCAGUCAACAACAUCAACAGGAACAAGAAUUACUUUCAGGUUACACUGUACCAAAUCCACCAAUUUCUACACAGCAAUCAACAGCAAUUGCAGCUGAUCAAGAAUCAACAACGGGAUCAGAUUUAGAUAAUAAACCUCGAACUUUAUGGAUGGGAGAUUUAGAUCCUUGGCUUGAUGAAAAUGCUAUUCGGGAUUUAUGGUGGAGUAUUUUACAGAAAAAAGUGGUGGUGAAAAUUAUUAAACCUAAAAAUAUGAAACCUGAUUUUAGUUUCCAAGGAUUAACUAAUUCAGGGUAUUGUUUUGUUGAAUUUGAGUCAUUUGAAGAUGCUCAACAUGCAUUAAGUUUAAAUGGACAAUUAUUACCUGAUAUUGCUAUGCCUUCACAACUGAAUUUCCCUAAUAAUCCUGAUAAUCAAAAAAAAUAUUUCCGUUUAAAUUGGGCUAGUGGAGCUACUCUUUCUGCUCCCAUAGUUCAAACACCGGAAUAUUCUUUAUUUGUGGGUGAUUUAUCAGCAUCGACAACAGAAGCACACUUGUUGGCAUUUUUCCAAAAAAAUUUCCCCAAUUCAAUUAAAACAGUUCGAGUAAUGACUGAUCCAAUAUCAGGGAAAUCUAGAUGUUUUGGAUUUGUCAGAUUUACUGAAGAACUGGAAAGACAAAGAGCAUUAAUUGAAAUGAAUGGGGCUUGGUUUGCUGGUAGACCAUUGAGAGUUGCACUAGCCACGCCUAGGAAUUUGACUAGAAGAUUUAAUAAUCAUCGCUUUCCACUGCAGCAGCAACAACAACAACAACAACAACAACAACAACAACAACAACAACAACAACAAUCUGUACCUUCUUUAAUUUCGAGACAUGGUGGGGGUGGACCUAAUAUGCAUAUAGGAGGAGAAUAUUUUAAUGGUGAUCCCAAUUCAUCACCUUUACCACAAGCAGGUGCACCAACGGUACCUCCGGAAUUGAUGUUUAUGCCACCCAUGGGACCUAAUGGUCAACUUGGAGGUAGUCCUAUAUAUGGAUAUUAUGGUCAAACUUCUGGUGGAGGUGGCCCAGAAUUAGAAGGAUUUAGUUUAGAUAUGAUGCAAUCACCCAAUCUAAUGCAACCAAUGUUAGGACAACCUCAUCAACAUCAUCAGCAUUCUCACCAACAUCAACAGCAGUCACAACAAUUUGCUGAUCCUAAUAAUACUACUGUUUUUGUGGGAGGAUUAUCGGCAGAUGUUUCUGAACCGACUUUGCAUACAUUAUUUAAACCAUUUGGAUUGAUACAACAAGUUAAAAUCCCACCUGGUAAAAAUUGUGGAUUUGUAAAAUAUUCAACUAGAGAAGAAGCAGAAGAAGCAAUUGCAGCAAUGCAAGGAUUUGUUAUUGGUGGUAAUAGAGUGAGAUUAAGUUGGGGGAGAGUAUCUAUUAGUAAUAAGAAAUAUCAACAACAACAACAACAAGUAGCACAAGCAGCACAAUUACAAGUUCAUGCAGCAUUAUCUAUGGGUAUGGAUCCUGCUAGUGCGAUUGCUGCUGCCGCUGCUGCCGCUGCUGCUGCCGGUGGUGGAUAUCCACCAAAUAUACCACCAAAUAUUCCUCCUCAACAUCGACAAGUCGCACCACCGCCACCAUCAGUACCGCCAUCUGUUGUACCACCACAAAUGGGGACAAUGAAUUUACCACCACCACCAAUUCAUGGUCUAAAUAUGCCUAUACUUCCUCAUGUUCCCCAAUAUCAAAAUAUUCCUCGACAUAGUCAAUAUGUUGUAGAAGAUAAUGGUAGGGAUACUUCUGAUACAACUACAAAUAUUGGUGGGCAUAAUGGAGAUCAUCUGAAUUCUAUUAAGACAUCAUUUUUAUCUAAUACUGCCAGUAAUAGUGGUAAUAAUGGUCAUCAAGUUGCACAAGAAGAUUUAACUCAUGCUAUGGAUAAAAUGAAUUUAAAUUCUGAACCAAGUGAUGAAAGUAAUGAUGGUGGGCAGUAUAGUUAUAUGAUAAAUCCAAGGUAUGGUGUAUCAUCAGAUAUACAACUGUAUCAACAAUUAAUACCAGAAAAUUACAAUCAAGAAAAGAAUAAGAUCAAAGAUGAGGAGGAAGAUGAAGAUAAAACUUCUACAACAAAGAACGAUAAUAAUGUUGACAAUGACAAUGAUGAUGAUGAUGAUGUGAAAGAUAAGGAGAAUGAAUAA